ACCAACAACCAACGACUAGAGCCAACAACCAGCACGAUCAAGUUUUUCAAUCCUUCGAAAAGCCGGAAUUGCAGGUCAAAGCAGCGAAAACGAGAGAGCCUUGGAAAACGAGCAACGAGCGACAGAGAGUGCUCCCAAAUAUAAAAAGACCCUCUGAUCCCUCAGUUACACAUAUUCUCUACACCCUUCCAACCAAUACUAUGGGAGAUCUUCAGUUCUUACUCCUCAUCUUUAUUCUAGACGCCGCCGCAGUUAUCAUACGCAUAUCAUCAGGAUCAUGGUCAACCUCAGCAAAACUUGGGUUGCUUGCCUCGCAUUUGGCUUUGUUGAACCGAGUCUUGGGUUCUAUGACAAGUCAAGUCAGCGCAUAGGCUACAAUCCUCUCGUCAAGCAAUGGAACGGCGUAGACUCCAACCUCACGGCAACUUUGGACCUCGUUGAUCCCGGCUACAUCUCUGUCUUUGAGAAGCGUCGCCACAUCGACGUCACGGCGUGGGCUACGGUGGCCUUGGCUGCUGGCACUACCAUCCUGGCUGCUGAGGCGGGCAUAAAUAUCUACAAGCAGAUCGCCGACAUUAUCAAGAGCAAGUCGAACCACAAUUCUUGCUCCAUGACGACUGGCACCGACUCGAACGGUCAUAUGAUUGAGGGCUAUGCGUACCUGGCGACUACCAGUGGCCAUGAUUGCAAGACUACGGCUGAGACGAAGACUAUCCUGGCGGCGGUGAAGGACUGUGCUGAUUGGCAGCAUAAGCAUGGAGCUAUCAUGGGCUGUUGUGUGCUGUCCCAUGGUGGAACUUGGGAAGGUCAUCUGCGCCUCACCUCUCAGCCUAACAAGUACCCAGCACAUGCAGUCAACUGCGGUUAGGAAGCCAGUUGGGUUAUUGUAGCUGAGUGGGUAUAGUGUACCUUGCGUCUUGAUGUUCUUUCUGGGUUUGGUGGAGAGUUUCUUAGGGAGGAUGCGUACGCUGGAUCAUUCGCUUACUGGUUUCUAUAGCAGUUAAUCAACUUCAACAUCAUUUCCAUUCUGUAGCUAAAACAAAGCAAGUUGCUAGCAAAACCAAGUUAUCAAGGCAGAACAAUCUUUUCCAUCAGGAGCCAG